CUCCCUCUGCGCUUCGCCAUUUCUACUGCGCUUGCUGCUUCUCUGCCUUCCUCGCUAGUUUCAAUGGCUCCUCCGAGAAUUCUCCUCUGCGGAGACGUCCGCGGCCGACUCAACCAGCUCUUCAAGCGCGUCUCCUCGGUGAACAAAUCUGCUGGCCCGUUCGACGCGCUGCUCUGCGUGGGCCAGUUCUUCCCCGACGCGUCGGAGUUACUCGAGGAGUUCGCGGACUACGUGGAAGGUCGGUCGCCGGUUCCUCUCCCGACUUUCUUCAUCGGCGACUACGGCAUUGGAGCUCCGAAGGUGCUGUCGGCCGCUUCGAGGAGUCACGCCAACUUAGGGUUUAAGAUGGACGGUUUGAAGAUAUGCGAGAAUUUGUAUUGGUUGAAGGGGAGUGGCAAGUUCACGCUUCAUGGGUUAUCUGUGGCUUACAUAUCUGGUAGGCACUCUUUGGAUGGUCAACAAUUGGGAACAUACAGUCAAGAUGAUGUCGAUGCCAUGCGAGCGUUAGCUGAGGAGCCUGGAGUUAUUGACAUAUUCUUAAGUAAUGAGUGGCCAAGUGGCGUCACAAAUAGAGCUGCACAGACAGAUGUUCCUCCUGGAAUAUCCGAGGCUUUUGGCAGCGACUCUACAAUUGCGGAGAUAGUAGCAGAGAUUAAACCACGUUACCAUAUUGCUGGCACUAAGGGUGUAUUCUACGCGCGCGAACCUUACUCUAAUACUGAUGCUGUUCAUUUCACCCGCUUUAUCGGUCUUGCUCCUGUUGGAAACAAAGAAAAACAGAAAUUCAUCCAUGCACUUUCUCCUACUCCGGCAGCUACGAUGUCCUCCUCUGAGAUGAGCAUGAAACCUCUAAACACAACCUUGUCUCCAUUUACAUCGGUAGAGCAAACUGCUGGUGCAAAGGAAGCAGGAAAGAGGACUGCAGACGAUAAUAAAGAUGCUCAAUAUUGGAGAUAUGAUGUCUCCCAAAAACGUCAAAAACAUGCUGUUGGUGACGGUGAUAGGCUAUGUUUCAAGUAUUUGUCGUCUGGGACUUGUCCACGAGGUGAAAAAUGCAACUUCCGACAUGAUACAGAUGCAAGGGAACAAUGCCGAAGAGGGGUUUGUUUUGAUUUUCUUAACAAAGGGAAAUGUGAAAGGGGUCCCGACUGCACCUUUAAGCACAGUUUGCAGGAGGAAGAUGAAAGCGGUUCUCAGAAUGGAAAUAGGUCUAGAGGUGCUAGUGUUAACAGGUCAAAAGAAUGCUGGUUUUGUUUAUCGAGCCCGAAUGUGGAGUCUCACCUGAUCAUCAGCGUGGGAGAAAUAUACUACUGUGCACUGCCCAAGGGACCAUUAGUUGAAGAUCACGUGCUGAUAAUACCUAUUGAGCAUUCCCCAAAUACUCUUUCUUUGCCUUCAGAAAGUGAAACAGAGCUUAACAGAUUUCAGAACUGCCUGAAGAUUUAUCACAAGAAUCGACAGAAGGAAGUUGUAUUCUUUGAGUGGGUCUCCAAACGCGGUACUCAUGCUAAUCUUCAGGCUAUUCCUGUUCCAUCAUCUAGAGCAGCUGCUCUUCAGAGUAUUUUUAGUUUGGCUGCUGAGAAGUUGGGAUUUAAGUUUAAUAUCUCGAGUGCUGAUGGUAGAAGAAUGUUGAGAACAAAGUUUGACGGUAAAUACAGUCUCUUUUACGUGGAGUUACCUGAAGGAACUGUACUAUCACAUAUAGUGGAGGACAACGAGAAUUUUCCUGCUCAAUUUGGACGCGAGGUGGUUGCAGGUUUGCUGAACGUGGCAGAUAAGGCUGAUUGGAGGAAAUGUGCACUAAGCAAAGAAGAAGAAAUCAAAUUAGCCGAAGAAUUCAAGCGACAAUUCGCGGCAUUCGACCCCAAUACAUGAUUCUGGCACUGAGGGUCAACCGCAGCACAUGUCUUCCAUCGUUCAUUUAUGAUAAAGACCUGGGAGUUCCGAGACAACCUCAGUGGGAUGUUCUGCAAAGAGCUGACAAAAGAUGAAAAUUCUGGAGGUCGAUUCUUGUUGGGCCACGACCUUCAGGUCUCGAGCAUGCAGAGGGGAGUUCUUUAUAAUAUUAUUUGCAGAUGAAUGUGGCU